AUGCUUUCCCCGCCUCCCGCGGGCCCCCCCCGCGCCCGUGGCCCUCCGGAGAGGGACGGGAACGGGACGCGCGGCCUCUCCCAACUCCAAGAUGGCGGCGCCAGCUUCAACGUAACCUCUCGCGGUAGCUGCGCGCACCGCGCUCCGCCCAUUGGGCGCGUCGGCGCGCAGGGCGGGGGCGGGGCCUUGUUCGGCCGCCCGCCAAUCCGGCCUCCUCCUUUCCCCGCUCCGCCCCCUUUUCGCGCCGUGCUCCGCCCACACCGCACCCACAGCUGCGCAGAACCGCCCACGCCCCCCGCACCCACAGCUGGGCAGCGCCGCCCACACCCCUCGCACCAUCUGGGCAGCGCCGCUCCCCUGCACACCCACAGCAGGGCGGUGCCUCCCGCCCCGCCGGGCACAACCCCGGGAGCGUGGGCUGCGCUGCGGCCGUUCCGGCACCGAGAAGAACCCGUCAGAGGCAACUCGGACGGCGUCGUGCCCGAAGUUCUGGCCGGGGAUGAUUGCCCCAGCCGGCAGGCGGGGCUGCGGUCGGGCGGACGGUCGCGGGGCGAGUUGCGGAGGGGAGGGGCAGCGCCCGCUCCCCACGGACACCCCACCGGGAAGCCGUUCCGCGCAAGCCCGGCGGGCGGGGGAAGGAGCGGGCGGGGGGACCGGCGGCAGCAGCAGGGAGGAGGCGACGGCGGGGCGGGCAGUGGGCCCGGGGCGUGGCGCGGGUCCGGCGGCGCCGGGAGGCGGCUCAGUCCCCGCUGCCAGCCGAGGGCGGCCGGCCCCGCGGAGCAGCCGCCCAGCCCGGCCCGCCCCGCGCCGGAGCCGCCGCCGGCCGGCGAGGGCGGCAGCAUGAGCGGCGGGCGUAGCGGGCGAUCCGCCGUGAAGAUGGAGGCACCGUUUUACCCCGAGGAAGGACUGGAGCUGCUGCCCGACUUCGUGCCGCUGCCGGGUUUCGGUACCGCCGGCGGACCUGGAGCCGAUGCGGCGGCGGGGCAGAAGCUGCUGCUGGGCACCGGGAAGAAGCGGGACCUGCCGGCUGCCGCCCCCGCGCCGCUCCCGGGGCCCUUCGCCCUUCGCCCGCCUGCCGGCGCCCGCGGCAGCGCGGCGGCUCUGCGCUUGCUGCCGCCGCCGCCCGCCGCCGCCGCCGCCCCGCCGCCCACCGCGGGCUCCGCGGAGACGGGGAGCGGCGGCGGGGCGGCGGCGGCCCGCGGCGGCCCGGAGGCCGCGCUGGGAUCGGCUGCGGAGCUGCCGCUGCUGAAGCUGCCGCCGGCCGCCGACCUGGAGCAGCUGCUGAUCCAGGGGGGCGCGGGGCUGGGCGCGGGCAGCCCGGGGCCGACGGCGCCCGGGGCGGGGAGCGGCGGGGCGGCGGCGGCGGGGCCGUUCCUCUACCGGCAGCCGGUGACGCAGGAACAGGAGGGUUUCGCCGACGGCUUCGUCAAGGCCCUGGCCGACCUGCACAAGCAGAACCAGCUCCUGGCGGCGCCACCGCCUCUCUCCGCGCCGGGACCCUGCUGCACCGCCCGCCCAGGGCCACCGGGGGCCCCCGCCGCUGCCGCCACCGACCCUCCUGCCGUCUACACCAACUUGAGCGGCUUCAACCCCGCGGGGCCGCUCAGCCCCUCGGGCAGCGCCUACCCCUCCGCCUCCGCCCCGCCGCCGCCGCCGGGCCUGGCCUUCGGGGCGGCGGGUCUGGGGAGCGGCCGGCUGCCGCCGGCGCGGUCCCUGGAGGAGCCGCAGACGGUGCCCGAGGUGCCGCCGUCGGCGGGCGGGGAGGGCGGUAGCAGCGCGCCGACGCCGCCGUCGCUGUCGCCGCUAGACGCGGAGAGCCAGGAGCGGCUGAAGGCAGAGCGCAAGCGGCUGCGGAACCGCAUCGCCGCCUCCAAGUGCCGCCGGCGGAAGCUGGAGCGCAUCGCCCGGCUGGAGGAGAAGGUGAAGGCGCUCAAGGGGCAGAACGCCGAGCUGGCCGCCACCGCCAACCUGCUCCGCGCCCAGGUCACCCAGCUGCAGGGUCGCGUCCGCAGCCACCUCUCCUCUGGCUGCCACAUCAACGCCGCCGGGCAUCCUCCUCCUCACGCCGCCGCCCCGCCGCGGGAGACUCCCUCCGAGGCGGCCGCCGCCGCGCCAGAGACCAGCGCCUGCUGAGGAGGGACACCCCGCCGGCCCCGGCCCCGGCCCGCCCGGGGGCACCGCGGGGCCAAGGGGACAUGAGUUCUUGUGCUGGAGUCCUGCUUGGGCGGUAUCCUCUCAAGUCAGUGAGGACUAACUGAAGAAACAGCAAAUCCAGCCUUUAUGAGCUAAUUCUUCUGAGGCACAGAUACCUGCAAAUGCAUGUCAAGGUGUUGUGCAUAGACACCAGCAUGCAUAGAGAAGGGGAUGGCCAAAGGAAGGAGCUGUGAUUUUCUUGGCGGCAACAGUACAAAAUGGAGUUUUUCAUAUGCUUUUGUUGUGGUCACAUUCUUUCAGAAGACUAAGCUGCAUUUCUGUGAGUGAUCACAAGGCGAUUUUUUAGAUUUCCAGUCAAAUUUGAGGACUGUCAAGCCUUGCAAUGUUGAAUUAACACAAAAAGAGAACUUAUUUUGAAGUCACAUUUAGCCUUAAUGUUAUCUGAAGUGCUGCAGUUCAUGUGUAGUAGUUUACUAUAAGAUGAAAUUAUGAUUAUCAUAAAUAAUGUUUUAAAGGAGUCACCCUAAAUAAUUACCUAUGUGAUGUUUGCCUUUUUGUCUGCUGUCAAAAAGUCUCUAUCCAUAGCAUAGCUAGCUGUAAAUUGAGCUUUGCUCUCAAUUUCUAGUAAUAGUAACAAACAGGGUCUGCAAUAGUUUAAGGAGUAAAUGUUCUGGCUAAAUAAUGACCAUUUCUAUAGGAAUGCUUUGAAGUGAUGGUUGGGUUUGAAGCCUUGCUGUCAUGGAGAUAAUAGAUAUGACCAGUUCACUGUGCACUAAUACACUGCUAGAUUCUGAUAUUUAGCACACUGCUGAUAAGAUUCACUACUACUGUUACUUACUGGUUAAGAACCAAGUAUGGGUGGAAUUGUAAGUCACCUAAAUAGGGUCCCUGCAUUCUGGAGAGCUGUCUUGCUGGAUAUCAGUAACAUACUCCCAUCCCAUAGAAGGGGAGGAAAAAAAGCCUUUGGUUGCAGUCUCUGGUUUGGUUUUGCAAUUCCAAUUACUUUUUUUUGGGUUGAGUCUUGUUUCACUCUUACCUCAAAAUUUAUUUGAAUAAAUUUGAAAACCUUUCUAAUAAGUACCUUGAAGCAUGUCUUGCAACUGUUCAGUUACAAUCAGUGGUUGUACAACUGUGGUAUUACUUCUGUCACAGAUGAGGAAAGCUGAAGCUGUCAAGAACCAGGCUUCUCACUGCCAUUCUGUUUUUAAACAAUGGACUGAAUAGGUGAAAAAUCAUGACCAGUAACUUGAACUCUGAGGAGCUGUUUGAUACCCGUUUGCUUGUCCUUUUGAAAGAGCUGCCCACUGCCCCAAGUAAUGUCCCUCCUGCCUCAUAUGGAAAAUUGACCUUUAAGAACUAACAAUUUUAAAAUAGCUAAGUAACUAACUAACUAACUAACUGACUGACUAACUAAAGAUAGUCUUCUAGUACAUGCUGAGUAAUUUCAAGGAUAACAUACUGAACUUGACAAUCUUUCCCACACCUCUGUUUCAUAAAUCUUCAAAUUUUCUUGUAAUACAGGACACAAGUGGGGGAGUAGGGUCAAAUAAAGUUAGUGUGCUAUUCCAGAGAGUGUAUUUAGGUAGUCUCCUUCUUUUUCCCUAGUAACAGCCAUAGAAAGAGAGCAGUAGAAGAAACUGAUACAUAAUUUGCUGUUCUUCACAAGUAGAGCUAGAGUUUGAGUUCUUGGAUUUUUCUGACUUUUGCCAUUCUGUCUUUUAACAUCCUUCAUGGGAGGAUGAUAGAAAUAGUGAGGAAAUACUAUUAGGGAGUUAAGUGUUCUUGUUAUCUCUAAUGUCACUAAGUUACAGCCAUAGGUAGCCAGGGCACCUAUCUAUGGUCUGCAAGAUGACACCUUCAGAACAGGGAUUCCUAAAAUGCUGCCAGAGUUUUUAUCAAUCCAAACAAUUUUGUGCCAGUUAGUAAAAUGGUAUUGUAAAUCCUUGUGAUUUUUGACAGUCUUUGUGUGCAUCCUAUAAUUGAAAUCACCACGCAAGCUGGUAUGUCCACGUGCUUUGAUACCACUUUCCCAGCAGGCCAGUAGUGUCUAAUAAAGUUUACAUCUUUAUUCCUUUCCCCACUGGUAAUAGUUAGAGAUGAUAGUCAAAGUUAUCAGCACCAGGAAAGAGAAAAAAAAAAUGGAAUCCAAGGGGAAAAAAAAUUAUCUCUGAAACAGUAUUUAAUGGUAAUAUUUGUUGUGUGUUUAAGUGGCAGAUAAUUAACACUGCUCUCCGGAAUGCUUUUUAACUCACUUUGUUUUAUUAUUAGUGCUUAAAUGUCUUCUAAAUGUCUCUUCUUUAGCAACUGUGCCCCUCCCUGUUUGGCCUGAUGACUAGUGAUUUCAUACUUACCCUUAUUUAUUUAAAGUCAUAGCAACUACCAUACUGAAAUGUCAUGAAGUAAAGCCCAGGUCUGCAUGCUGACUGGUGAUGCAAAGGUCUGCUCUCUAAUAAAAUGUAGCCCAGGAAGGACGAGCUCCAAAAGGCAGCUACGCCCUUCGCAGCUUCAAGCAUUUGCUCUAAUUUCAAGGCUUUGCCGUGUGGUGUUGCUCAACGUGCAGCAAAACAAGUUCUUGCGAGCCCCUUGAGCAUUCCUCCUCGUGUAACAGAUUAAAUAUUCAGGCUUCGUCAACUCUCCCGCCCACCCCCCAAGGAAAAAAAAACAAAACCCACAGAAUCAAACCCAAACCCGAAACAAAAGGCCCAACACAAGUAUAUAUUGGAGAAUUAUUUUGCUUUGUUGCAAAGUGCGGGUAAUUACAGAGACACUUAGUGCAGUUCUGACAUGUGAGCCAUCAAUCCAAACACUCCCAACAGUGAUUUUGCUUUGGUUGUGCUUUGCUACUUUGUACAGAACAAAGGGAAGACAGUAAGUGUUGCAAUAUAGUAUUGUGCAAUUCCUGACUUAAAUAGAAAAUGAUAGGCAAGUCUGCAUAGGCCUCUUGCACACCAAAAUUUAGCCAGUGAUUUUUGCCACUCCCACUCUUUCUAAUCAGGAAUGGGUGUACUGGCUUCUUAGAGUCAAAAGGAGAGAAGGGGGAGAAGGGUAGAGAGAUUAAGAGGUGGCAGUACCAGGGAUAUUCUGCUGUGAAGGGCCCUGAGCCUCCUUGGCCUUAAAACUCAGUCUUUUAGGUUACCUCUAGUUUAUGAUGUCUGAAGGUAAUUCUUAGACUCCCUAUGCAGAUUCUUACCAGGAAAGGCAGCUGGGCCUGAAUUGCUGAAUAAGUCUUUUGGUGAAGUAGCUCUUCAGCUUUCUGUGUUUUUCCAUCUCUGGAGUUGUAGAACGUUCUUCCAGGGCAGUUUCUCUUUCCUGUAGUGGCUCAUCUAAAGUUGGCUUGUUGUUCCUGCAGUUUCUGGGGACUGCACAUGUGCUGUCACUGCAUGAUGUUUGUGAUGGAUAAUCUUGUUUGACUCAGAAGAGAUCCCCUUAGAAAGGAGUAGCUCCGGUUAGGUGCAGACUGGGAAAGAUGAAAUUUGUCAUUCUUUGUGCAGUAUGUCUUUCAAGCAGUUAAACAGAGGAACUAUCUCCUAUCAGAUAAAGGAGAGCUCUUGGUCAGUAGGACCCUGCUUUGAAAACCCUUGGUGGUUUCUGGUUUUUGCUGAGUUUCUGUGAUGCAGAAAACACUUAAAGAUCUGCAUUGCUAUAAUCACAAUACCUUGCAAUGUCAUGGGCUGGGGCUGCUGGUGGUAUCACACAAGUUCUGUGGUCCUUACUGGGAUUCAUGCCACCUAGUGAUUAACAGAAUAAAGGAUUUCCUGUAAAGGGCUGGAAUCCCCUCCCUGCUGUGUCACCACCAGCAUCUCCAAGCUCUCUUUUUCUCCAAAAGAAGUGUGAGCAAACUGCAGCUUCCUACAGUUCUUCAAGCUGAUUUUUCAUAGGCCUUCAGGCAUGGCACUGACACUUUCUCCUUCAGGGUAGCUCUCCAAAAUGAAAGGUGGAAGCAGAGCAGUUCAAACUGGGCUUUGCUCUUCCAGCAGCUUACAUGCAACUAGUUGGUGGGUGGGUGUCUGCCUACCUCCUUUCCUGAGUUUUUUUAAGUUGGGUUUAUGUGUACCUUUGUAGUCUGCCUUACUAAAUUAGCUGGCACAGAGGAAACCUCUGAGAAACCCAUUAAAAACCUCUGCUUCUGGUAGAAUUUUAUAAAAUUGGAGUAUGUGAAUAGAAUAAAAAACCCCAAUGAAAUAAAAAAAAUUAAAAAAAAAAAAAAAAAAAAAAAAAAAAAAAAAAAAAAACCAAACAAACAAAAAAAUACAAAGCAGCCCAAAACAGACAACAAAACAACUCUGUAUGGAUCUCAUUGACCUUUAUAAAACUUACUGAUUUUGGGAAGUCUUCAAACAGGUAUGCUGCCAAGGGCAUUGCACUCAGAUGGAGAUAGUGAAACAAAAUUCAGGAGCUACUCAUUUGCUGGAUUUGGUCAGGAGAGAUUUUGAAUGACACUUUUUCUGAUGUGGUGAUUUUUUAAAAUGUAAACAAGCUACAGGGCUUAAUAAUAUACAACUGAGGAUUAUGUCCAUUGUAAUUUUUUACAUUACUUUUGCUAACUGUAUUAUAUUCAAAAUACUUAUUUCUGAGACAAAGUGGAUGAUACUAGUGGGCAUCUUGCACUUGAUUAAAUGUAAAACAUUUUCUUAAUUUAGUGAUGUGUUUAGGAGAAUACUGUAAUUUACUGAAUAUACAACAGUGAUAACUGUGUUUACAAUAAAUUUAAAAUUCCUACUGUUCAGUGGUAGCCAACUUGUUUGAGAAUUGAAAGUAAGGCAUACUGCAAUUGGCAAUCUUGGAAAAAUUAACACAAUGCUGCUACCACUAAAUACUGUGGGAUGGAUACCGUGAGUUUAAAUGGCAGCAGGAUUGUAUUCCAAGCCUCUGUCUUAAGUACUUUUGACUAAAAGGCGACUUGCCUUGUGCUCAUUUAUGUAUCCCUGUGUGUUGUACAUCAGUUAGAAAUCUGUUAAUGAUUGAUUUGUAACAUUAGGACCUUUAUGGAGAUCACAGUGGGGUUUUCGUUUGUUUUUGUUUGUGAGCAGACACUUAGACAUUUUGGAAUGUAUAACAUUGAUCCUUGUGCUGGAAUUGUUUACAUGCAAAAAUGUAUUUAUGAUUUUUUGCAAACUGCAAUGUGCAAUUUUGUACAUGUGUUUUAAACUACAGAGUUUAUAAGGAAGAUAUUGUAUGUACAGUACUUGGACAUGAGUAUUAUUUCUUUGAUAUAAAUAUCUAGAGGAAAAUUAAAAUUGCUUUAUAUUCAUA